AUGGAAUCAAAUCAUUUCUCAAACUGUGAAGGAAUAUAUAAAAAUCUGCACCCUUCUGCUCUCAUAAUUGCGGGUUGUUGUGUGCUUGUAGCGCUAGUGCUCUCCAUUCUUCUAAUUCUGCAACAUCUCAGAUCAUAUACCAAUCCUGCGGAGCAAAAGUGGAUUGUUGUUGUUGUUUCUAUGGUCCCAAUCUAUGCCACAGAGUCUAUUAUUUCUUUGUGGAAUGCAAGAUUAUCUCUUGCAUGUGACAUUUUAAGAAACUACUAUGAAGCCUUUGCCCUUUAUGCUUUUGGAAGAUAUCUGAUUGCUUGUCUUGGUGGUGAAGGAAGGGUUGUAGAACUACUUGAAGAUGAAUCUGGAGAACAUCUUAGAAAAUCCUUAUUGGAUGGUUCAGAUGAGAAUCAUGGCAUAGAACAGAGAUCAUUUUGUAACUUCUUUUGGCGUCCAUGUAUGCUUGGAAAAGAUCUUCUCACAAUAGAAAAAUUUGGUCUUGUCCAAUAUAUGAUCCUGAAGACCGUUUGUGCAUUCUUAGCAUUUCUAUUGGAAAUGUUAGGUGUUUAUGGUGAUGGGGAAUUCAAGUGGUACUACGGGUAUCCAUAUAUAGCAGUAGUAUUGAACUUCAGCCAGAUGUGGGCAUUAUACUGCCUUGUGCAGUUCUAUAAUGUUACUCAUGAGAGACUUCAACCAAUAAGGCCGCUAGCAAAGUUCAUCAGUUUUAAGGCUAUUGUGUUCGCUACUUGGUGGCAAGGUUUUGGUAUCGCACUCUUGUGUACAUUUGGAGUGCUACCCAAGGAGGGAAAAUUUCAAACUGGAUUGCAGGAUUUCUUAAUUUGUAUAGAGAUGGCCAUUGCAGCUGUUGCUCAUGUGUUUGUAUUUUCUGCAAAACCAUAUAAUUUUCUUCCUGCUUCUCCUGCAUAUGGGAAAGUCACAAAGGAAACAAUAGAGGCAGUAUUGGAGAUAGAUGAAGGAGGCAAGGAGAAACCAGCUGUGCUUAAAGAGACAAAUACUCAAGUUGAGGCUCCAAGAACAAGCGUCACAGAGAGCGUCCAGGAUAUUGUUGUUGAAGGUGGUCAACGAGUUGUCAAGGAUGUUGUACUGACUAUAAAUCAAGCCAUAGGGCCUGUGGAAAAGGGAGUGACGAGAAUUCAGCAAACCUUCCAUCAAAAAACAGUGGUUUCAUCAGAUGAAGAGGAAGAAGAAACAGAUAUACAAGUUGAGAAAGUUGUCACAGAAAAUCUUACAGGGAAAGGGAAUGAAAUUAAAAUGAUGUAGAUAUGAUAUGAGGAUGAAAAUCAGACUUCAAGAGGCUACCUUUGUUUUUCAGAUAUAGACUACAUUGGCAAUGUUGGGUGUUUUACAUGGGAUAUUUGAUACAAAUGCUCAUGCAGCUAAAAUAGAUUUUAUAAAUACCAUUACUCAGGU